CAGCUCAGGCUUGCUGAAACAGCGUCCCCCCCUCCCCCUCCCCUUUGCGAUAUACCUUCGUCCUUAUCGUAGUCCUUAGCAGUCUUUAUUUAAAGUCCAGUCCUACUCCCAACUUUCCCGCCCCCCCUCCGUGGAUAAUUCUCUCCUCCCAUUCCUUCCCACCUUAAAACUUUCUAUAAUUUUAUCAUAAAGACUUUCCUCCUCAACAGCUGCUUCACUACGUCACCCAUCUACUCUGUCGCCCGGCACCGGUGACAACGAGUAUAUUAAUCUAGCUGCUCCCUCCAUCAUCGCCCUCUUCCCCUCCUCAUUUCAUUUUUAUUCCCUUGUCAAUUCAGCCUUUUAUUCAACUGCGUGUAAUCAUCCAGUUUUCCAUAGUUACCCCCAAUCCCUAGCUCUCCAUUUAUCUACCGUCGAUUUUUCUCUUCCUUGGAGCAUCCUCUCUUUACUCUGUUACCCCCAUCCACCGAAACCUAAUCAUAUUUAUAUCUCACCAUCCACAAAGUUCAAUCACCCCACCUCCCCCAUUAACUACUACCACUUCAUUCAUCCAACCCUUGCAAUAUGUCCGUAAAACAAGGAUCUGAUCCGGUCCAGAAAAAGAAUUUCGACAAAACCUUUGAGGAUGAAACCAAAGCCACAAACGCGCUUGUCGACAUUGGCACUAUUCAACUGACCGCCGAGGACCUGUAUGACAAGGACAAAGUGGACCUCGAACAAGUGCACCUCGAGGAUGUUUGGAAAUUACUUCAAACAACUGAAGAAGGCUUGACACCAAGUGAAGUCCAAAGACGUUUGGAAAUCUUCGGCCCUAACAAGUUGGAAAGCAAGGAUGUGAAUCCGCUUCUCCUAUUCUUGAGUUUCAUGUGGAAUCCCCUCUCAUGGGUCAUGGAGGGAGCUGCCCUUGUUGCUAUCGGACUCUCCAACGGCCAAGGCCGACCCCCGGACUGGCAAGAUUUCCUCGGUAUCGUCUUACUCUUGUUCAUCAACGCUGGUAUUGGAUUCUACGAAGAAAGAUCUGCCGGAAAUGCCGUCAAGGCAUUGAUGGACUCGUUGGCCCCUAAGGCUAAGGUUAGACGUGCCGGACAAUGGUCUGAAAUUGACUCUGCCGACCUUGUACCUGGUGACAUUGUGGCCUUCAAGAUUGGAGACGUUGUCCCCUCAGAUUGUCGACUGUACGAUGCCAUCAACGUUUCGAUUGACCAAGCCGCCCUUACUGGAGAAUCCCUACCUUCUACCAAGCAUGUCGGAGACCAAUGUUUCUCUGGUUCCACCUGUAAACAAGGAGAAGCUGAGGGUGUCGUCAUUGCCACUGGUCCCAAUACUUUCUUCGGUCGUGCCGCUACUCUGGUAGGAGCGGACAACGAUUCCACCGGACACAUGCAAGCCGUGCUUGCUAAAAUUGGUACAUUUUGUUUAGUUUCUAUCGGUAUUUUCGUAGUUUUGGAAAUCGUCAUUCUCUACGGAGCUUUCCGAUAUCAAUACCGUCGAGGUAUUGACAACAUUCUUGUCUUGCUUAUUGGUGGUAUUCCAAUUGCUAUGCCUACUGUGUUGUCUGUCACUCUCGCUGUCGGAGCUCAACAACUUGCCAAAUACAAGGCCAUUGUCACCCGUAUCACUGCCAUUGAAGAGUUGGCUGGUGUUACCAUCCUCUGUUCUGACAAGACCGGUACCCUGACCACCAACAAGCUCACCAUCGACAAAUCCACCGUCAAGACUUACGCUGACUUCAGCGCCGACGAAGUGUGUGUUCUUGCCGCCUACGCCUCCCGAACUGAGAACCAGGACGCCAUCGAUACUUGCGUUGUCGGAAACGUCGGGACUGAAAUCGCUCGUCGAGGCAUCCAAUUGCUUGACUUCAAGCCUUUCAACCCCGUCGACAAGCGUACCGAAAUCACUUACAUUGACACCGCCUCCGGACAGAUGCGUCGUGUGACCAAGGGAAUGACCGGUGUCAUCAUCGAUCUUUGCACCCACAACAAGACUGAAGCCCUCGAGACCCGCCUAGAGAACGAUGUUGAAGAGUUUGCCCGUCGUGGUCUUCGUGCCUUGGCUGUUGCUUACGAGGAUGUGCCCAAUGCCCAAGUUGAUGGCCCCGGAAGCGGCUUCGAGCUUAUCGGAUUAUUGUCUAUCUUCGACCCUCCCCGUGACGACACCAAGCAAACCAUUGACGAUGCACAAGCUCUUGGUGUUAAGGUUAAGAUGGUAACUGGUGAUCAACUUGCUAUUGCCAAAGAAACCGGUCGUCGUCUCGGAAUGGGUGACCACAUGUACCCCUCGAAAGUCUUGAAAGAUGGCCCCGAACCCGGAGGCAAAUUCGCUACCCUUGAUGAGAUGAUUCUUGAUGCCGAUGGAUUUGCUGGUGUCUUCCCCGAACACAAGUACGAAAUUGUUAAGAGGUUGCAAGGCUUGGGACAUUUGUGUGCCAUGACUGGUGACGGUGCCAACGAUGCUCCCGCCCUUGCCCGUGCCAACGUCGGUAUUGCUGUUGAGGGUGCCACUGACGCCGCUCGUGGUGCCGCCGACAUUGUCCUCACUGAACCCGGUCUUUCGACCAUCGUCCACGCCAUCCGUCAAUCACGUAUCGUUUUCCAACGUAUGCGAAACUACUCCAUCUACGCUUGUGCUGUCACAAUCCGUAUUGUCGUCGGUUUUGCUGUCAUGGCCUUCGCUUUCAAGUUUGAUUUCCCUCCUUUCAUGGUCUUGGUCAUUGCCCUCCUCAACGAUGGUACCAUCAUGACUCUUUCGCUUGACCGGGUCUUGCCCAGUCAGAGCCCUGACCACUGGGAUCUUACUGAAAUCUUCACAUACGCUAUGGGUUACGGAUUGUGCCUUGCCUUGUCUACCAUCGUUUUGUUGGCUGUCAUCAUCCACACCUCGUUCUUCGAGGACCGAUUCGGUACUGAAGCUCUCAAGGACCAAAACGAUCCUCGUGUCCAUAUGAUUAUCUACCUACAAGUCGCCAUCAUUUCGCAAGCUUUGAUCUUUGUCACUCGAUCCCACGGAUGGUUCUUUAUGGAGCGCCCUUCAGCUGCUCUGUUUGGUGCUUUCAUUGUCGCCCAGUUGAUCUCUUCCAUCAUUGCUGCCUUCGGUAACUGGUCUUUCACUGACGUUGAGGGUAUCUCCGGAACAUGGAUUGGUAUUGUCUGGGUCUGGAACAUCAUCUGGUUCUUGCCUCUUGACCUUGUCAAAUUUGGAAUGCGAGCUGUCAUCCGCAUGUUCAAGCCACCAGUUGCCCUUAACAAGCCAAUCCCUGCUAACCAACUCCAGCGCACACCUUCGCGAGCUGCCUCCAUCAACGAGUCACUCUACUCCAACCGUGCCAGCUUCAUCCAACGGGCUAACCGCAGCUCGGUUCUCAGAGGCCGUGUCCACGCUGACGAACGUGAACUCCGACGAUUUUCUUCGGCUCAAGCUGUCUCCUCAGGAGCUGCCCUCAGCAGAGCCUAGUGAUAGACCGAUAAUUCACUGCCUUUUUCCAACAGUAGGGAGGGAUAAGGGAGAACUUCUUGGGUGCAAUUUUGUGGUUACUCUUUUAACGACUUGUGAUCACCUGAGAGGGCUUGGGAGUCUGUAGCUUUUUUUUGAAACCCUUGCAUCUGCUAUCGUAUUGAUCGUCUACUUGUAUCAUUUUGCUUGAUCCGUUGUUCCUCUUCGUUUUCCUUGUCAUUCAUUCGAUCAUGCGAGCCCUCACUUGCAAAGACUUCGUUUUGAACAUCCUUUUUUCUCCUUUCUACCCCGUUAUCUUACCUUUACUUUAAUUCUUAACAUGUUUACUUCCCAUUAGACUGUUUCUACUUUCUCCCUUUUUUUUCUCUGCUUUUUGCUAGCCCUCUACAUAUUCUAUUCUUUUCGUUUGAUUUCGACCAUCUUACACAUGUUUGGAAUAGCAGCCACGAAAUCUUUCGAACAAAAAAAAUCAACAUAUAUGCACCUGUAAAUAACCAUCCUUGGUCGUACAUUUUCACACAUCAUUUUCGGUCGUACAUUUUCUUUUCGAACUUUUCUCUUUCAUAUUCUCAAUCACACCUAUUUUAACCACCACUGUGAACUUCGUGAGCAUUCAUUGACACUUUCGUCGAUCGUAAUUUGAGGAACCGCAGACAAACUUGUGAGCACCGAAGCUGGUAUCUCUAGCAUGUAGUUGAAUUAUUUUAAGAAUUGUUUUC